CCCUCCCUUCAAGAAGCAACGGGAUCCCCCUCCCCCCUUUCUCGUUUUGCCUUUUUUUUUAAUUUCCUCCUCCCGAGAAGAAGGAUUUGGAGCCAGCGUGAAGGAUAAAAAGCCUGGUUUCUCCCUAGGAGGCGCGCCGAAGGAGCCGGAGGGAGAAGGAAGGAGAAAAGGGACUGCUGCUGCUGCUAGCUUGGGCGAUGGACGAUCAACCCAGGUUGAUGCAUUCCCAUGCUGGGGUGGGGAUGGCAGGACAUCCCGGCCUGUCCCAACACAUGCAGGAUGGAGCAGGAGGGACAGAGGGCGAGGGAGGCAGGAAACAAGACAUUGGAGACAUUUUACAGCAGAUCAUGACCAUCACAGAUCAGAGUUUGGAUGAGGCACAAGCCAGAAAACAUGCUUUAAACUGCCACAGAAUGAAGCCGGCCCUUUUUAACGUCUUGUGUGAAAUCAAAGAAAAAACAGUUCUGAGUAUCCGGGGAGCCCAGGAAGAGGAGCCCACAGACCCCCAGCUGAUGCGACUGGACAACAUGCUGUUGGCAGAGGGCGUGGCAGGGCCUGAGAAAGGAGGAGGAUCGGCGGCGGCUGCGGCCGCAGCAGCAGCAUCCGGAGGGGCUGGCUCAGACAAUUCCGUGGAGCAUUCUGACUACAGAGCUAAACUCUCGCAGAUCCGACAGAUCUACCACACGGAGCUGGAGAAAUAUGAACAGGCAUGCAACGAAUUCACCACCCACGUGAUGAACCUCCUGCGCGAGCAGAGCCGGACCCGGCCCAUCUCACCAAAGGAGAUCGAGCGGAUGGUCAGCAUCAUCCACCGCAAAUUCAGCUCCAUCCAGAUGCAGCUCAAGCAGAGCACGUGCGAAGCCGUCAUGAUCCUGCGCUCCCGAUUUCUAGAUGCGCGGCGGAAGAGACGAAACUUCAACAAGCAGGCUACGGAAAUCCUGAAUGAGUAUUUCUAUUCCCAUCUCAGCAACCCUUACCCUAGUGAGGAAGCCAAAGAAGAGCUAGCCAAGAAGUGCGGCAUCACAGUCUCACAGGUAUCAAACUGGUUUGGAAAUAAGCGAAUCCGGUACAAGAAGAACAUAGGUAAAUUUCAAGAGGAAGCCAAUAUUUAUGCUGCCAAAACGGCUGUCACUGCUACAAAUGUGUCAGCCCAUGGAAGCCAAGCUAACUCACCCUCAACUCCCAAUUCAGCUGGUUCUUCCAGUUCUUUUAACAUGUCAAACUCUGGAGAUUUGUUCAUGAGCGUGCAGUCACUCAAUGGGGAUUCUUACCAAGGGGCCCAGGUUGGAGCCAACGUGCAGUCACAGGUGGAUACCCUUCGCCAUGUUAUCAGCCAGACAGGAGGAUACAAUGACGGGCUCGCAGCAAGUCAGAUGUAUAGUCCGCAGGGCAUCAGUGCUAAUGGAGGUUGGCAAGAUGCUACUACCCCCUCAUCAGUGACUUCCCCCACAGAAGGCCCUGGCAGCGUCCACUCUGAUACCUCCAACUGAUCUCCCAGCAAAUCGCAUCCCUGGCUGACCCCAGCCCCACUCAGGGCCGGGGGUGGGAGGGGAGGGUGCUCUCCUGACACUGAAGCAGUCAGACUGGAGGUGGAACCAAUCGGCUAAACACAACAAGAGUCGCCUUCUCUUCUCUUUGUCGGGAUGCUUUUUUCAGCCAAUCUGGACACUUCUUUAUACUCUUUUUUCCCUUUCUUUUCUGGGCAGAAGCCACCUCUCCCCUCGCCACCACUCCCGCCCCAACCUUCUCCCUGAAGGAUAUUUUCAACAGUUAGAAGAAUUUAAAGAGGGGG